AUGACGAUGAUGAUUAUGGUUGGUGAUGAUGAUAGUAGUGAUGGUGGUGAUUAUGGUAUGGUGAUGGUGAUAGUAAUGACGAUGAUGAUGGUUGGUGAUGGUGAUAGUAAUGAUGAUGAUGAUGUAAUGAUGAUGAUGAUGAUGGCUGGUGAUGGUGAUAGUAAUGAUGAUGAUGAUGGUAAUAUAUCAUUACAAACGAUCAAAUGGGUAAAUGAUGUAUCAGUUUGGUUAUUUGAUGAAUUGAAUUUUAGGGGUCCAUUGCUAUCGCAAUCAACCAUGGAUGAAAAUGUUUGUCAAAGAACCACCCAUUGA